CCAAAACAUAACAAGUUAAACAGUGGGAUACAGUAAUAUGGCGUUACUGCAUAUAUCUGUUAUAUGUUAAAAAUGUACACAUUCAGUGACUUCAAGAUCAUCUCACUAUGGCGCACUUGGUCGCUGCGCAGUUUUACAACAGAAUUUACCACCGCCUCGGCUGGAUUAUCAUGUAAACACAUCAUAGUAAAUGAUUGGUGGAGAGGUUUUAGCGCGACGUGCCGUAGCCAAUCAGAAGAUUGUUUUUCUAUCACGUCGGUGCACGGAUAGUAAGCUAACGCAUAAUGCUAGUAUAAAGUAAUAUAAAGAACGUGAAUUGUUGCUAAAGGUUGUCUCGCACGGGGUGGUUUGAUGACUUAAACUGAGUCUUCCUCGUUGGACUUUCAUUCGUGAAAAUGUGGUUCAGCCAUCAGUACGAGGGCACACGAAUUGGGUAACGUUAGCUAACAUUAGCAAUAGCCUGCUAAUUUUUAGCGUUCCGCAAGGCCGCGGAGAAAUAUGAGCCCAGCUUCCUGUCCUAGCUUCACAGAGAAUGUAGGUUGCAUUACGAUCCGAGUUACAAAAUCACAACGUUUGUCUAAGUAGCCGAUUUAGUCGUGUAAUCGAUCGCAUUUAAGCUUGUUUUAGUUGGGCUUGCGGGCUACCUAGCUUGUUAGCUGUUUGGCUAGCUAGCUAGCAUGAGUGAACUGACGGACUGCAAACAGUCCGGUGACUCUGCAUCGAGGAAACGGUGUCCAUCUCCCGACCACGAUGAAGGUAGCACGGUUCCCAGCAAGUCCUCAAAACUAAGUGACGCAUCAAAUGAAGCGGGGGCUUCUUCAGAAAGUAACAAACGCAGUGGAGUUGAGAGUAACUUUAAAGGAACAGUUGUGAGCGAGGGCCAGUCAAAAGAUAACGAGAAAGAAACAGCUGUUGUGGGUUCCGACAGCACGGACGGCACAGGUGCACUACCUGUCACCAACUCCGGUGCUGACGGUCACGAUGCCAGCAACACAGAAAAACCACAGUCCUCGGAUGCACAGGACUAUGAACCUACCAACUCUAAGGCAGACUCAGAAACAACAGUAGGAACAAAACUGCGUCCCUCAACUCCUCGGGACCAGUCCGAUUCAGCGGCUAUAGCAGCUGCUGAAGCACUUGCCAGUCUCACAGGAGGAGACGGAGAAGACAGUCAGGAGACUCCUUGCUCAUCUGAAAAGGCCAAACAAUUGAAACAGGGGAGCAAAUUGAAACAACGUGGUGGCAGCCAGUCCUCAAGAACAAGCUCUAAAACGCAGGCAGCUGCUGCAGAUAGCUCCACAUCUGUGCACAGUACUGACAGAGAAGAUGCAGAUGAUAUGCCAGAAGCAGAUGAAGGUGAUGAAUCCAUAUCUGGAUCAUCCUCCACCCCAAGCUCCUCUUUCCCAUCAGAUAACGAGGACAAUGAUGAUGGAGAGUGUGCCAUUGUGUCGGUUAAGAUGGCCCCAGAGAUGAGGCAGUCAGUCGCUCUCUUGGCACAGGUACAAAUGAGACUGGAAGCUCUUGAGAAGAAAAGCGCUCGGCUUCACCAACGUCUGGAGCUGAAGAUUAGUCGUCAGCGGCGCCCACAUCUGGAUCAGCGCAGCUCCAUUACAAAAACUAUUCCCGGCUUCUGGGUGACAGCUUUGUUGAACCAUCCUCAUCUCUCAGCUCACAUUGAUGAGACUGAUGAAGACGCUCUUAGUUAUAUGACUGAUCUUGAGAUUGAGUCCUUCAAGAAUAAUAAACUAGGCUACAGGAUACGUUUCCACUUCAGACGCAACCCGUACUUCCAGAACAACAUCAUCAUGAAGGAGCUGCACCUUGGGAUGGGAGGAUCUCCCAUGUCAUUCUCUAACCCCAUCCUGUGGCAUCGUGGACAGAACCUGACGGCACACAGCGAACCCAGGAAGUCGUCACGUGGGGUCUACCAGACCUUUUUCAGCUGGUUCAGUGACCAUAGCAACCCAGGACAAGAUGAUGUAGCACAGAUACUUAAGGACGACCUGUACAGGGACCCUCUGAGAUACUACCUCACUCCACUCUGGGAACCGAGGGAGAACGGCAGCGGUGGCAGUGGGGCCAGAGCAGCUGACAACGGCAAUGGAGAUGAGUGUGUGGUGAUCUCUGACUCAGAUGACGAUCCUGGUGAGGAAGCUGGUGAGGCUGAACAGGGCCAGAGGAGGGAGGAGGAAGAAGAGGAGGAAGAGGAGGUGGACGACGAGGAGGAGGAGGAAGAAGAAGAAGAAGAAGUAGAGGAAGAGGAAGAGAGGGGGGCAAGCGCUGAUGAGAGCCCAGAGGAGAAGGAUGAUGGUGGAGAAAUUGUGAUUGACGGCUCCGAUGACAGCGAGCAGGGAGAGGAGGAGGCCUGAAAAGAAGAAAGGGGGAAGAGGAUCAAUAUGUCGACAAAGAAGGCGAGUCGUCAAGGGACCAGAGACCGGGCCGUUGGAUAGGACACCUCGGCUGGCAAAGAGCAGAGCAAAUUAUUGUCAUUUUUAUGCACAGAAUAUCAGUUUUUGUUUAUUUUUUACCUAAAAAAAAAAAAAAUAGGAAAACCUAAAAAUCAGGGUUAGCUGUAAUAAUAAAGCCAAGGCAGCAUGUUUUCCCCUCUAUUUUAUACAGUCUGUACUGUGUGUACUGAUGUACUCUGAAUCACUUUUUGCAAAUGCAUUUUUUCUAAACUAGUUUUUAGGCAUAUUAUCCCAGUCAAUUCAUUCAAGUAGUGUUCUUCUGUUUAACGAGGAACGCGUCACGACAGCCCGCACGCAUGUCGGUGAAAUUUUGAUCGCAGACACGUGUUGGCAUGAAAUUUUACAUUGCGAAUUCUUCAGUGUAAUGUAUAAUGCAGAAACCUUCAGUGGCAUCAUUAGUGGUCAUUUGAAGGCAAAUGUUUUGGUGUGUAGAAUUGACGUAACGAGACAAAGAUGUCGCAAACUAAAUUGAUAUCAUGACGGUACAUUUCAGGUGCACUGAGUACUGAACCAAAAUUUGUUCUCAGGGAUGAUCAUGGUGGCAGUUUCAUUGAAAGAAAAUUACUGAUUUUCAGACAUUUACACUCCGGUUGUUGUUGGCUGUGUAUAAGGAACCGUGUACUCUACUGUAGUAAAUAGGAGCAAAUAUUGUUUUAAUAUGCUACCUGUGUCUCUCCUUUUUCAUCUGUAUGUUAAGUCUUGUUACAAACCAACGUCCAUCCCUGUUGUCACCCCAUAAACCAGCUCUGAUGUUUAUAAUUAUGGUGUAGUUUGACCAAUGUUUUCUGUGCUGCUGCAGUAAGUUGCUGAGUUUUGUAUUUUCUUUGCUUUAGAUUUUAAUAUAAUUUGACUUUGCUUUCUGGAGCAUUCAAGACUUGUUUUCUGGUAAUGUGGUUUAAGAUUUAUGUUAUCUUGUUUGAAAAAGCUAGUAUUUAUUACAUUGUUUUUCUGGUCCUCGUGUCCACGUCACCGCAUGCCUGUGAACAUGAAAUGUGAGACAGGAUGGUUACAUUACUUAAAAUGCUUACUUUUUUCUCUGCACAGUGUCAGCAAAUGUGGUUAAGUUCACGGCAACAUCAUGGGGUGCACUGUAACAAAAUGAGUGUUUGUACUUGCUUACUUUUCCUAGCAAUGACCUGUAAAUAAUAUUUCCGCACUGUCUUUUGGAUGACACAAGUACACACGUUUAAUCCAUGGAUAAGUUUAACAAUUAAUCUGGAGUUUUUUCAUAAUCCAAAUUAUAUUUUGUGUGCCGUGUUUUAUAGAACACUGUAGUGUAAGGAUACCGACUCGUUUGUUGCUUUGGUUAAUUCUGUUUGCUUAACGAUAAAUGUCCACCUUUUGACUCAGACCUAAUAAAAUAGGCAGUUGUUUCACCCUG